AUGACUGCAGCUAGCCUCCGCUGUUCAUGCUGUCUGGGGCUGUCGCUGCUGCUGCUGCUGCUGCUGCUACUUCUCCUCUGCGUACAAUCACCUCUCUUUUGCGGCGCUCUACUGCAGAAGAAGCUGCCAAUACACCCCAGCAGCGGGUGGAUUUCUCCUUUCUUUCCCCGCACACUGCUGCAUGCAUCAAACCAACAGAUAACUCUUAGGACAACGAACCCCUUCACAAAUUUAAAACGAAACAGACAGCCAAGGGCAUUUUUGCUGCUGCGGCCUCUAGUGCUGCUAGAAGGCCCUCAAAGAUUGGCAAUCGGCGAAUAUACUGCUGCGGCAGCUGCUGCUGCACAACCUGUAACGGCAGCAGCAGCAACAGCAAGGCCGCCUACAGCACUAUCAGAAAGAGCAGCAGCAACCGCUGCAACUGCAGCAGGAGCAGCAGCAGCACCACCGCCAGCAGCAGCACCAGCAGCAACUUCCCCAACGGCAUCAGCGGCACCAGCAGCAGCCACAGCAGCAGCAGCAGCAGCAGAUGCAAUACUUGCAAGGAAGGACGUUGAGGCAGCAUCGCUGCUGCUGCAGCAGUUAGAGCAGCAGCGAGACGAGCUGCUGGUGACGAGUUGGGAGGCGUGGGCAGCAGCAGUAGGGUUGUCUGUGCAGCAGCUGCAGCAAAUCGUGCUGCUGGUGCAUGCACAGGAAGAUGCUUCUGUGCAGCAGCAGCAGCAGCAAAAAAGGAAGAGACGCAGCAAAGUAGCAGCAGAUGCAUCCGCUAGUGCUGCUUCCGCUACUGCUGCCGCUGAGCCAGACAGCAGCAGCAGCAGCAGCAGCAGCAGCAGCAGCAAAGGCGGCGGGAGCAGUGAUGCGAUAAGCUGCCCUAGUGGGGUGCUGUCUCCUGCUGCCUACGAGUUGCUGCUGCUGCUGCUGCGCUCAGAGGCGGCGCUGCUGCAGAAGGGGCCGCAGGGCGCCGAUUUGCUGCAGCUGCAGCGGCCUCCAUCAGUAGGGGAGUGGGCUGCUGCUGCAGCAGCAGAUGCAGCAGCAGCAGAAGCUGCAACUAUUGCUGCUUCUGUCACGGGCGGGUCCUCAGACGGCGACCUGGCAGCAGCAGCAGCUGCAGCACCAGCAGUACCAGCAGCAGCAGCAGCAGCAGCUGAGGACUGGCUGCAUGCGCGGCCUGAGCUAGCAGCAGCAGAAGUGCAGCAGCGGAAGGCUCUUCAUAACCAGCUUACUGCUUUGCAUUCUCUGGUGUCUUGGCAGCAGCAGCAACUUGCUGCUGCUGCUGCUGCUGCUGUUAGGCGCUUCCACGGCACUGCUGCUGCACGCCAGGAGCAGCGCCUUGCAGCAGUAGACGGUGCAGCAGCAGCAGCAGCAGCAACAGCAGCAACAGCAGCAGCAGAAACGGAUGCUCUGCUCUUAGCAGCACUAAAGAGCGCCCGUGAGGCACUAAAGAAACACGCAACAGACUGCAUGCACUCCGCAUAUCUUGCUGCUGCUCCUGCUGCUGCUGCUGCUGGUGGCGGUAGUAAUACUGUUGCUCCUGCAGUUGCUUCGGUGACAGCUGAUUCUGACGAAAACAGCAGCAGCAACAGCAUGAACAGCAACAAGAACAGCACCAGCAGCACCAGCAUCAGCAGCACCAGCAGCAGCAGUACCAGCAGCACCGGCAGCAGCAGCAUUGCAGCCCCUGCUUGGGGUUUAUAUUGGCAGUGGAUGCAGCAAGGAAUGCUGCAGUGGAGCCGCAUGCAGCGGGUGUCUUUUGAGGUGCCUGUGAGUUGGUUUGCUGCUGCUGCUGCUGUGCGGGGUGUGCAGCAGCAGCAGCAGCAGCAGGAGCUGCAGCAACAGCAGGAGGAGGGCUCGUUCGCUGCUCAAGGCAUGCAGCAGCAGCAGCAGCAACUCGAGAAGCAAUUAGCUUUGCUGCGGAUGUCUCCUAGACGGUUUGCUGCUGUGCAAAUCGCAACAAGGUCGCCUAUUAGCACUGACACCCCAAUUACAGGCAGAACAGACAAAGGCAAGAAAUAA